GUAGCACUCUUCCCUACUCACUAUACAGUCAACUCAACACCUGGUAGAACAGUCGUUGUCAAUGCAAACUCCUACGGCAACCGACGGCUGAACUUCAAACAAUUCCUCGAAUCCCCACCAGACGCAACCAAUUUGCACAUUUCAAUCCAGGGAAGCGGAAAAACGGAAACCAGCCAAAUUCAUCGGUACCAUAGAUAACCGCGGUUUCCAAAUACAGCCACUAGAUACUUAGAUUCUAGAUCAUUGGUCGAUUCGCAUUGGCGUUUUCCACCAUGGCGCCUGCAAGUCAGAACGGGGACUUAGAGCCGAUUUCUACGGACUUCCCCCCAAUCCGAGCGUGCCUGUUUGAUAUGGACGGGCUGCUUAUUAACACCGAAGACUUGUACACACUAUGCUCUAACAUAGUCUUGAAUAAGCAUGGAAGGCCUAAUUUACCAUGGUCUAUCAAAGCUCAACUUAUGGGUAUUCCCGGCUCGUCUAAUGGCGAUGUAUUUCACAACUGGGCUCAGCUACCUAUCUCGAGGGAGCAAUACAAACAGGAACAAAGCGAACAGCAUAAAAUCCAUUUUCCCGAAUGCCGACCUUUACCUGGAGUAGAGAAGCUCCUUAAAGAUCUGAGGAGUUCGAAAACCACACAAGGACUACAAGUCGAGAUUGCCCUUGCUUCAAGUAGCGAGAAGAAAAACUACGAGCUAAAAACCUCACGUCCUACCACAAAAGCUGUUCUAGAAAUCAUUCCUGAGGAGCACCGAGUCUUAGGAGACGACCCUAGAAUCCAAUACGGUCGGGGAAAACCAGCGCCUGAUAUUUACCUUCUUGCUCUGCAGUCCAUCAACUCAUCGCUACCUGAAGGAGUUCCCAAGAUCGAGCCAAAAGAAUGCCUAGUUUUCGAAGAUAGUGUGCUAGGUAUCGAGGCGGGAAGACGGGCUGGCAUGAGGGCCGUAUGGGUCCCGCAUCCCAACCUGGCUGCUGAAUACCAAGGCAAGGAGAAAUAUGUACUCGCGGGGAGGUCGGCGUUACUUCCGAUCGGCAACGAUGAGCAACUUGGUGCCAUCGACGACGGCUGGGCUGAACAAUUGACCAGUCUAGAGAACUUCCCUUACGAGAAGUUUGGUAUCGUUGCUCCCUAGAGAUGAGUCGUACAAUCGCAAUUAUAGAGGAUCAUUCUACAUGUUUAGAUAUCUAGAUUUUGUCUCCGCCGGUGUCCGAUGGAAACAGCUUAACAUCUACCAAUGCUGUAGAUACCUCUUGGCAAUCCAGUAUAUCAAUAGAAGACCAUUUCUACUUCUUACAUAAUA